CUUCUCCUCCCCUGCUCUGCCCCUUUUUCUAUCCUCUGUUUUUCUUUUUUGGCACAAAGAACAGAGGACAAAUACUACUGCUAUAAAAUUUUACUCUCCUUCCCCUCUGCUAUAAAUAUUUAUCAAACAAAAAAAAAAUGAAACAAUAGAGAAGAAUCUCAACGCCCCUCUCUCUCUCUCUCUUCCCCCUCUCCUCUCUCUCUACACACAAUGUUUCUCCUUUGAACCUUAUAGAUCUUACUGUAUCUGCUUUGGGGUAUACACCAUUUUUUCGGUUUGUUGAUUAAUGGCAGAGGCAAGUGGUAACAUUGAGGUAUUUCCAUGGCUAAAAACCCUACCAGUAGCACCGGAGUAUUACCCAACCCUAGAAGAAUUUCAAGAUCCCAUUGCUUACAUUUUCAAGAUCGAAAAGGAAGCUUCUAAGUAUGGAAUUUGCAAAAUUGUACCCCCACUACCUGCUCCUAAGCAAAAAACCGCUCUUGCUAACCUCAACCGGUCACUCUCAGCUCGGCCCGGUUCUAAUGGUCCAACAUUCACUACUAGGCAACAGCAGAUCGGGUUUUGCCCCAGGAAACACCGACCCGUUAAGAAACCCGUUUGGCAGAGCGGCGAGACAUACACGGUUCAGCAGUUUCAGGCCAAAGCUAAAGCCUUUGAGAAGAAUUACUUGAAGAGGAAUUCCAAGAGAGCGUUAACCGCUUUAGAAAUCGAAACCCUUUAUUGGAAGGCUACUGUGGAUAAACCCUUCUCGGUGGAGUAUGCAAAUGACAUGCCAGGUUCUGCAUUUGCCCCGAAGAAGGCGGGUUCGGGCUCUGUGGGGGCAGGGGGUAUAGGGGAGGUGGCUACACUGGCGGAUACAGAGUGGAAUAUGAGAGGCGUGUCGAGGUCGAAAGGGUCUUUACUAAAGUUCAUGAAGGAGGAGAUCCCUGGGGUAACUUCACCUAUGGUGUAUCUUGCUAUGAUGUUUAGUUGGUUUGCUUGGCAUGUUGAGGAUCAUGACUUGCAUAGCUUGAAUUACUUGCAUAUGGGUGCUGGUAAGACUUGGUAUGGUGUGCCUAGGGAUGCAGCUGUCGCGUUCGAGGAGGUGAUCAGUGUCCAAGGUUAUGCUGGAGAAACUAAUCCUCUUGUUACCUUUGCUACACUUGGGGAGAAGACCACAGUCAUGUCACCAGAAGUACUGCUUAGUGCUGGUAUUCCAUGCUGCAGGCUGGUGCAAAAUGCUGGAGAUUUUGUUGUUACCUUUCCUCGAGCCUAUCACUCAGGGUUUAGUCACGGAUUUAAUUGCGGGGAGGCUUCUAAUAUUGCUACACCUGAGUGGUUGAGAUUUGCAAAAGAUGCUGCGAUCCGUAGAGCAUCAACUAAUUGUCCUCCAAUGGUGUCACAUUUCCAGUUGCUUUAUGAUCUAGCACUUUCGCUAUGUUCAAGAGUACCAAAGAACAUUAGAAUAGAACCAAGGAGUUCUCGCCUGAAGGACAAGAAAAAGAGUGAAGGAGAUAUGUUGGUCAAAGAAUUAUUUGUUGAGGAUUUGAACAGUAACAAUUAUCUUCUUCACGUUCUUGGAGAAGGAUCACCCGUUGUACUUCUCCCUCAAACGUCUACAGGGAUUUCUAUUUGUUCUAAUUUAGUAGCUGGAACCCAGUCAAAGGUAAAUUCCAGGUUGUUCCUCGGUUUAUCCAGUUCAGAUCAUGAGUUGAGGAGUCAAAAAGAUAUCGGAUAUGAUCAUUUCAAGCUAGGCAGGAAACAGGGGAUGAAACAAGUUGCAAGUGUCUCUUCGGAGAAGGGAAAGUACUCUUCUUUGCACGCUGGUAACAGACUACCAGACUCUGGCAGAAAGGAUGAUGCCCAAUCCUCUCCAGAGACCGAAAGGGUGAACCUGGACACUGGAAGAGGAAUGACUCACAAAUGUGAUACACUGUCAGAGCAAGGGCUUUUUUCUUGUGUAACUUGUGGGAUCCUAUGUUAUACGUGUGUGGCCAUAAUUCGACCAACAGAAGCAGCUGCUCAUCAUUUGAUGUCAUCUGAUUAUCAUAACUUCAAUGACUGGACAGGAAAUGUAGGUGGCGUAUUUGCUACAGGAAGGGACCCAAAUGCUGGCGAGUCAGAUUCCAGUUCAGGAGGGUUAGUUAAAACGGCUCCAGGUGACUUCAUUGAUGCCCCAGUAGAGUCAUCUGAUCGAAUUCAGAAAUUGAAUAAUGGAAGUGUAGAAGGGGUUUCAAGGACCAAAGCACGCAAAGAAACUUCUUCCCUCGGCCUGUUGGCUUUAGCUUAUGCCAAUUCGUCAGAUUCUGAUGAAGACGAGGUUGAAGCAGAUAUUCCUGUUGAAGCUUGUGAAAGCAGACAUACGGAUUCCGAUGAUGAGGUUUUUCUCCAAGUUAUUGAUCCUUAUGCAAACCAUAGACAAAGAAGAGCUGUAUCUCAAGGUAGAAGCUGUCAAAAAAUUGACAAUUCUUCCCCAUCAGGGGAGUCAAAUACUUUGUUCGGUAGGUCAAGCCAUCAACUAAGAUCCAAUCAAGUCACUGCAAAGUGUAUUUCCAAUAAAGGGGAAAUAGCACAAAACAAUGCUGUUGCUCCCUUUGAUAACACACAUAUGCAAUUUACUUCAGCAUCUGAUGAAGACUCUUUCAGAAUACAUGUAUUCUGUCUCCAGCAUGCUGUACAAGUAGAAGAAAAGCUCCGUCAAAUCGGUGGAGCUGAUAUUUCUCUUCUUUGUCAUCCAGACUAUCCCAAGCUAGAAGCUCAAGCUAAAAAAGUGGCUGAAGAGUUGGGGAGUGAUCAUUUUUGGAGAGAUAUUUCAUUCCGCGAGGCCACUAAAGAAGAUGAGGAAAUGAUACAAUCAGCUUUGGAAAUUCAAGAAGCUAUACAUGGCAAUGGGGACUGGACUGUGAAACUAGACAUCAACCUCUUCUACAGUGCCAAUCUAAGUCGUUCUCCUCUCUAUAGUAAACAGAUGCCUUAUAACUUCAUUAUAUACAAUGCAUUUGGUCGUGAUUCUCCAGAUAAUACCCCAGAAAAAUCGGAGUAUACUGGGAGAGGGUCAGGGAAGCAGAGGAGAGCAGUUGUUGCUGGGAAAUGGUGUGGGAAAGUCUGGAUGUCUAGUCAGGUUCAUCCUCUGCUUGCUGAGAGGGAUAUUGAUGAAGAACAAGAACAGAACAAAAACAUCUCAGUCCAGAUUAAGACUGAGGUGAAGUCUGAGAGACCACGCGAAAGGACUGUGACUGGUAAAACUGUUGCUACAACUUGCAAGACUGGUAAAAAGAGGAAUAGUACAGCAGAAGAUAGGAAUGCUUCAAACACCCAAUUAAUCGCAGAUGAUCAUGAUGAUUCUUUACUUUGUAGUCUCCUUCAGCAACACCGGAAAACUAAUUUUAGGAGUAAGAGGAUUAAAUAUGAGACUCCUGAACCUCAAAAGGAUGUUGAUAAGAAGAAGAGAUUUGGCUCUCUCAUUGAUGAUGAUCCAGAUGGUGGGCCUAGCGCCCGUCUGAAUGUUGAUAAGAAGAAGAGAUUUGGCUCCCUCAUUGAUGAUGAUCCAGAUGGUGGGCCUAGCACCCGUCUGAGGAAAAGGGUUCCAAAACCGAGCAAAGUGUCGGCUGCCAAGUUGAUUAAGGCCAAACCAGCUACAACUAAGCAGGAAGAAAGCAAGAAAGGUCCUAAGGUCAAACUUCCGUCUGUAAAUAGCACUGCAAAGAAAGAACCAGUAAUGAAGUCUCCUAGAAGUAAUACGGGUAGAAAGAUGAGGGAUAAGGAAGGCGAAUAUCAUUGUGACUUGGAAGGGUGCAGUAUGAGUUUUAGCUCAAAACCGGAGCUUACAUUGCACAAAAAGAAUGUCUGUCCUGUCGAAGGGUGCAAAAAGAAGUUCUUCUCGCACAAGUAUUUGGUACAGCAUCGGCGAGUUCAUAUGGAUGACCGUCCUCUGAAGUGCCCUUGGAAGGGCUGCAAGAUGACAUUUAAGUGGGCAUGGGCUCGAACUGAACAUAUAAGAGUUCAUACAGGUGCACGUCCUUAUGUUUGUGCUGAGACCGGCUGUGGUCAGACAUUUCGUUUUGUGUCAGAUUUCAGUCGUCACAAGCGUAAGACAGGUCACGUUUCGAAGAAGGGGAGAGGCUGACUAAGGAAGCAAAUUGUAAUUUGACAUGACUGAUGGAACUGUGUUAAAAGUUAACAGACAUAGGGUUAGGUGUAGGUUCAAGUGUCUCUUGGUACCAGAUAAUUCUCCUCAGUCAAGGUACCACCCAUUGGUCACAUUCAUUGAUUUGAAGUAGUUCAAUUGCUUCAAUCCUGUAAGGAUUAUCUCCAACAAGGAAUUUAACAUUUGAAAUUGAAAUGUGGAAGUGGAUUCUUCUCUA